AUGCAGUACUUUCCUAACAUUGUGCAUAUUAGUGGCAUUUUUGCCUUUCACUGACUCACCUUUCCUUAUAUGCAUUGAGACCGCGUUGUUGGAACUCGUGUCAUUUUCUGGCUGGUUGACAUCAGCUCGCGAAAUAAGGUAGCGUGGAUUAGCUUUAGCCUAGCUUACAGGGCAAGACUCUCAGUCCAUCGCUUUCAUGUGGAACAAGACAGCGAUAAGAUGGUUUCAAGUGGUUGUGGCCACCCGCUCUUUUACAGCUAACUAUUUGAAAGACGAGGCUGUGUAAAGGGGUGCUGGAGCCUUUCUCAGUUUACUUCGGGGGAAAGCUGGUGACACUGGUUGCCAGUCAAUUGGAGGGCGCUUUUAGACACUGAGAACAACUUGCACUCACAUUCACCCUGUUGGUGUCGGUUCUGCUGAAGCCACUCUGCCUGUGUCAAAGUUGGGCAAAUGCACCGCUACACCUCCAGGGACUAGUUUAAUGGUGGACACUGGCCUGAUGGGGUUGAAACAGGGGACAAAGUGAUUGGCAACACAGAAGUGCAAGCGAGUGGAAUGUUGCGGUGGUCGGUCCACCUUGAAGGAGGGCCGCGGAGAGUCAAUCAUGCCGCUGUGGCUGUGGGGCAUAAGGUGUACACCUUUGGGGGCUAUUGCUCUGGGGAGGACUACGAGACACUUCGUCAGAUUGAUGUGCAUGUUUUCAACACUGUGUCCCUGCGCUGGAUGAACUUACCUCCAGUGAGACCUGUGGGACAGGAACGUGCUCGUGAAGUGCCAUACAUGCGCUAUGGUCAUACAGCAGUGCUCCUGGAUGAGACCAUUUACUUGUGGGGGGGACGCAAUGAUACAGAGGGAGCCUGCAAUGUGCUUUAUGCAUUUGAUGUCAAUACCCACAAAUGGUUCACACCGAGAACCUCUGGGACAGUUCCAGGGGCAAGAGAUGGCCACUCUGCCUGUGUUCUGUUGAAGGCAAUGUAUAUAUUUGGAGGAUACGAGCAGCUGGCUGAUUGCUUCUCCAAUGACAUCCACAAGCUGGACACCACUACCAUGCACUGGUCUUUAAUUGAUACUCUGGGCAUUCCUGCAAGCUGGCGGGACUUCCACUCGGCAACCAUCAUUGGGACAAAAAUGUUUGUAUUUGGAGGGCGGGGAGACCACUUUGGUCCAUUCCACUCCAACAAUGAGAUCUACUGCAACAAGAUAGAAGUGUUUGAUACGCAGACCAAUAGGUGGCUGAGCACCCCCACAACACAGCUGUUACCUGAUGGACGGAGAAGUCACUCAGCUUUUUGCUACAAAGGAGAGCUGUACAUAUUUGGGGGAUACAAUGCUGAUUUGGACCAGCACUUCAAUGAUCUCUGGAAGUUCAGUCCAGAAGCCUUUUUAUGGACGAAAGUAAAACCCAAGGGGAAAGGCCCAUGUCCUCGGAGACGACAGUGCUGCUGCAUGGUGGGAGAUCGAAUCAUCCUCUUUGGAGGAACCAGUCCCUGUCCUGAGCAAGGAAUGGGUGAUGAAUUUGACCUCAUGGAUCAUUCAGACCUCUACAUCUUAGAUUUCAGUCCUAAUUUGAAGACAUUAUGCAAAAUAGCUGUAAUACAGUACAGUCUGGAGCAAUCAGGACUCCCACAUGAUAUCAGGUGGGAACUGUCUGCCAUGACCACCAACAGCAACAUCAGCAGGCCCAUCGUCUCCCCCCAUGGCUGACAUAUAGCUGAAUGUGAAGCAAAAGAUUUUCUUUUUUUCUGCCAGAUCUAGUUGCACAUGGUGGGACUGUUUUGUCAAAUCCAGGUCUGCGCUUGAUUUAAUGUCCUUACCUAUCCAAAAUGUCCUGAAAAGGACUCGUCUGGACUAAGUGGAUUGUCUCGCUCAGGAUGUUUUGCAAAAGGGGAGGAAAAUGUGACACCGACUCACCUUCCCUCUUCUUUUUUGUUUCUAAAAAUUAAAUCAGCCUAUGAUAAUCAUAGACUUUGAAGCACAGGAAGAACUUGGUAAUUUAAAAAAAAAAAAAAGCUGUUGAUGUCAUCAAGCACAACCAAGAUUCUCUGAGAGACAAAUUUGAACACAGUCUCCAAAUAAUUACAUUUAUGUGUACACAUACCAUGACCAUUUGCAAGUAAUGGGUAAGUAGGCUUACUUAUGUAUGUAUGUUUUUGUUCAGGGACUUUGAUUAUUGUGUAUUGUACUGGUUGAAAAGGGAAAAAAAAAAAAGGUUUAAGUUUUGCGCCGCUCACUACCACCGGGUGAGCACUCCACUGCCACCCACUGUCCCAUAGUGACUCAACGCUCAUUUAAGUAGGUAGUUGUGAUCACUUAUGCAAUAGCGUGUCUCACUCAUUGUCUGGAAUAAGACCUUCCCAUGUCAGUACAUAUAAUUCUGUGGCUCUUCUGUUACUUAAUUGCUGAAUUACCACCCCCUCUGACCACCUCCACCAUUGUGAUUUUCUGUGCCAAAUGUAGGACUGAAUCAUGAUAUAAUUUCGUAGUGUGCCAUCCUCACACACUCCACACUUUUAUUGAACAUGCAUCACCAAGUUCUUGCUCUUUUAGACAAUCCAAUUGCUGUCAGAAGCUUUCCUCAUAACCUGCUUAUUGAGUGCACGAGAGCACGCACAUGCUCCUGUAGUCUGUACUACUACAGGUGACAAAAAACUGCUGCUUAAGGGCUGCUUUAAAAUUUGACUCUAAAACAAACGUUCUCCGUCCACAUUCAAUCGUAUUGCAUUCCCAUCAUAGUUUUUAACAAGUCUCUUGAAAUCACUGAACAGAUGCCUUUGUUUGCAGUUUUCAAAAAUGUUUUGCAGGCGGUGUCGGCAUAUUUGCUCUCAAGAUAUACAGUCAAACAUCUUUCGCCACCACUUGCUUUGUUUCGUAACCUUUUUCACAACAUUGACAUUGUAACGCAGUAGGAGAGAUACAUUUAACGUUAUUAGGAAGUAAUCCCAAAAAUUAUGGAGUAGUGCUUUUGGUGUUGAUUCUUUUCCUUUUUCUUUUCUUUUUUUUUUUUAAAUGGUAUCGUCAGAAUUAUAAUGGCAUCUCCUGUCGAGUUGACGUACUCUAUGAACCAGGAUGUAGCGUGCAAGCUAACAAAAAAAGGACAAACCCAAAUACAAAUCUCUUUUCAUGUGUGAUUGGAUGUCAUUGCCAAAAGACUUGUGCACAGUGAAGUGUACAUAUAAGGAAGGGAUCGUUGUCUCACUGUCAUUUUUGUUUAACCUAAUUCAGGCUACACUGAAAAGAAUAUAUUGAAAACUAUUUUCAGUAUUCAAGUUUGUAUUUACAGCCUCAGCUCACUGUGUUACCUUCAUAUGCAGAAGAAAAUUCACUGAGGCUUUUGUGAUACAGGCAAGGAGAUCUUUGUACUGUUGAUUUCUUAAAGAAGAAAUAAUGGCCAAAAAUGGGUGUUCGACCCAGCGACAACCUGGAUCCGGACGGCAGACUUAACUGGCCAGCAUCUUAAAGUGUUUGCAAAUGAGUGUACGUUUGUUGCAUUGCAGGUUCAAGAUGGCAAAUCAUGGCACUGAAGCAUAUCAAAACAGUCAGAGGAGACAUUAUUACGCUGAUCCAUGCUCAAGUGAAGACCACAAAGCAAAUCUGACUUCUAAUAUGCUCGCUCACACACACACACACACACACACCUCACAAACAUUGGUCCUUAGUCACCCAGUGAGUGCACACCAGCCAUGGUAAACAAGUCAAACCAGUGUGACACUAAAUGGCUAUCAUUAAUGUAUUCUGUUAAAUUCUGUUGUGUGGUGGUGAUGAUUUUCCUUUUUGUGCGUGUAAAGACUAUGGGUUAUGGAACUUAUCAGGGACAAAAGCUUAAGGACUGUUGGGCAACAUAUUUGGUCCAAUCAUGAUGCAUUCACCUCCACUAAUGCUAAUGAUGCAAAUGAUCCGUUUUAAAUAUUUUGAAUUUAUCUUUUCAAUGGCUGUGAUUCAACCCACCCUUUAAUUUAAAAAGUUGAAGGGGUGUGCCUUGUUUUACAAAAAAUGAGUAAUGUCACCAACUGCAUUGUGGCCCAUGACAUGCCAUAGUAAUGUAUUCUACCCAUUUUCUAUAAAUGAAAUUCAUGAGAUAACCGAACAAAGUACUGUAUACAGUGUUCAACAUUCAAAUAGCCACAUACAUGCUCACCUUUUAAUUUUUUAUUCUUUUUGGGGGGAGAUUAUCAAAGUUGGUCAGGACUUCCUGUGCAAUAUGCUUUAUAAAUGUCAUUAAUAAAUCUGACAAAAUUUGA